CUCUUCUCCAUAUUUUCCCUUCCUUCCAAAUAACAAUCCUUCUUGCAUCUCUCCAUUGCUGGACAAGAUUGUUCUAGUCUUUGGCCUUUUCUUUUUUUCGUUGAACACUUUGGCCUUUUCUUUGUGAAACUACUUCUUGUUGGAGUUUCAUCACAUUUCACAAUCACCCCCAAUUCCCAUAAUUCUAAUCUAUCUCUCCCACUGUUGUUUGUUUCCUUCCCCUCCAUUUGGUUAUUCCAUUUUCUGUCUUUUCUUCUUCUCCCAACUCUUCAAUUUUGAUUCUACACAUCUUCACACAUUAAUUAUUAGCCCAUUCACCAUUUCUCCCAUUCCUCUCCUAUCUCCAUUCACAAAGCGAAAAAAAAAAACCCUGCAUUUCUUGAAGCCCUCCUCUCAUGGCACAGCAUCAAGAGCCAAGACCAUUGCCAAAAUUUGGGGAGUGGGAUGUGAACAACCCAGCAUCAGCAGAAGGGUUUACAGUGAUAUUCAGCAAAGCUAGAGAUGAGAAGAAGACUGGAGGCACAACUGGAGCUUCUGGAGCCGCAUCACAAAGGAAUAAAACUCCUUCUAAAAAAGAUGACCAAUAUCAAGACUCCUCAACCAAGAAAUGGUUUUGUUGUUUCUAGGAACGGAAAAGGGUUCGAUUUUGAUCUUUGGUGUGUGAUGGGUGGAUAGAGAUGCAAAGAUGGGAGAAGAUGGAGGAUUGAAAUUGGAUAACUUCUCAUUUUGUGGUACUAGAAAAGAAAAGAUUGCUGCUGUUUUGGAAAGAUUGCAGUGCCUUUCAUUAGGGAGAUGGAGAAGAAGAGCCAUUAUCCAAUUUUCAACUCCCACUUGAUUUUUUGUGUUCAAUGUUAAUCUAAAAAAAAAAUUCUUAUUAUCUCUCAUAUGCUGGUUAUUUAUGUGUAAAAUACCAUCACAAGCUUUUCUUUUAGGAGUAACAAUUAUUGAAAGAUUUUGAUCACAUAUUUGCCUACUCAACC